AGGAUAUAAGUAAAUAUUAUUGUUUACAAGUCCCAAUCCCGAGAGAGAGAGAGAGAGAGAGAGAGAGAGAGAGAGAGAGAGAGAGAAAAGAAACAGGUUUGUCUGUCUUCCCUGUCAAGAUCUAGGGUUUCCAAUCUGUUCAAAGAUGUGUAGAUUUUGCUUAGAGCCGAUGCUUCCUUUCAGCUAGUUUUCUCUCUGCCCUUUCCCUUAGAAGAAGAACUAAAAUCAAAGUUGAUCAACUAAGAAAGCUGCUUCUUAGCUGUGACAAAUUAGUACUAUAUGACCUGAUUUUCCUUCCCUCCAUGCUCAUCACCCUAUUGUCUUUAUAUUUUGUCUCACCUUUUACGCUAUGAUUCCUAGACUUGGAUAUUAGUUGAUGUUAGAGCUUGGAAAUUAAGAUGGAGAGGAAUAGCAGCACCGAAUGUUCAAAGACAGCUCCGUCCGAACAAAGUGAUCAUCAGGUCGAGGCCGAGGCAGACAGUGAAAGCGAAGAGAACGAUGGUGAAAGUAUGCCUAGAAAUGGAGGGAGCUCGAGCAACAGCACAGUGGAAGAGAAUGAUAAGAAGCCAUCCGUAAGGCCUUAUGUGAGAUCCAAGAUGCCGAGGCUCCGUUGGACACCCGACCUUCACCUUCGUUUCGUUCACGCAGUCGAAAGACUCGGCGGCCAAGACAGAGCUACCCCAAAGUUGGUUCUUCAGAUGAUGAAUAUAAAAGGACUUAGCAUCGCUCAUGUGAAGAGCCACCUACAGAUGUAUAGAAGCAAGAAGAUUGAUGAUCCAAGACAAGUGAUAAGCGAUCAUAGGCAUCUUGUGCAAAGUCGAGAUGGAAAUAUUUUUAGCCUCAACCAACUUCCCAUGCUGCAAGGCUAUAAUCAUCAUCAUCAAGGCGACAGUUCUAAUGCUUUCAGAUACAGAGAUACUUCUUGGAAUGGUCGCCAUUUCUCGAUGCGUAAUCCUUACACAAGCAGGAGUUUUACUGAUAAACAAAUACCAGUAUUGCAUGGAACAGUGACAGAUAAGAUCUUUGGCAGCAAUUGGACCAAUUAUAAUUUCAGGAUGGACACUUCCUCUUUCAACACACUACUACCAAGCUGGAAAUGCCAUGAAGUACUGAAGAAUGAAAUUUCAUCAUCAUCUCCCAAUCUCCAAUCACUCCUAACUAAGCCAAGCACUCAAGCUAAAGUAGAAGAUGAAACAAAUUGUAGCAGAAAUAGUGCACAAGAGCAUAGGGCAAUGAAAAGAGCGAUAUCGGAUAGCAACCUGGACUUGGAUUUAACCCUACGGCUAACGCAGGCGAAGGAAGAAAAGCGGCCAAGCUCCGAGGAAGACGAUGUUGGCCUAUCACUGUCGCUAUGCGGACCGCCGUCGUCCUCGAAGCUUAGCAGGUUGAAAGGAGAAGAUGAUAGUAGUAGGGAAAAUGGUAGAAGGGUAAGUACACUAGAUCUGACUAUAUGAAUGGGGACAAUUCUAAGUGAGAUCUUGAGGUACUUAUCCCAGAUAGAGGAAGGCUUUUUCUUAUUGUCUAAUUGUAACAAAUAUUACACACAAAUCGAUAAUAACCUUUUUUUUUUUUU